CAUAUACACACAUCAUAUAGUCAUCUCAUGAUCAUCCGCACUGCCGCGGCCAUCGCCGCGUCGCUCCUCUGGGUUUUGCCACACCCAGAUGCUUUGGCGCGGGUCGCGGUCGAAGCGCCCGAUGCUCGGCUGUCGGCGGGCGACGCGCGGGCCGUCGCAGAGAUCAGGAGGCAGCUUCGCGCUCAGCCAAAGCAGGCAUCCGCUGAAGACAAGGUGGCUCAGGCCAAAGCUGCUCGUGAGGCGACGCUGGCAGCCGUCGCCGCAGCCGAGCGUGAUGCAGCGGAGGCACGCGCCUUCGCAGCGGCCAAGGCCAAGGCGGCCGAGGCGGCGGCCAAGGCAGAGCAGGCAGAGCAGAAGGCCUCAAUGCGGGAAGCGUCCCUUGCGGCUAGGGAAUCGCUGCCGCCAAACCUGCUCCCGCCAAAGCUGCUCCCACCAAAGCAGCGGCGGCGCCUCGCCCGGUUGAGGAGGCUCGCUCGGGCGCGGCCCUCGCCCGCAGCCGUGCGCUGGCGAGGCUGCGCGCAGAGGCGGAGGAGGCGAAGCAAGCCGAGGCGGAGGCGCAGGCGGAAAAGGCGGCGGCGGCGGCGGCGCAGGAGGCGAGCGCGGCGAAGCGAGGUGCGCGCCGCGCCACAUCGGAGGCGGCGCUUCGUGAGGCGCGUGCUGCGGCGCGGCGCGGCGGUACGGCUCCGUCGACAGAGAUCGCUCCGCCGCCGCGCGAAGCCUCAAAGACGAGCGCGAGCCAGACUCGGGCGAGCCAGCCGGCGGAGAGGGCGGCGGAGAAGGCGGCCACCCCCCGGGCCGCGGUCCCCCGGGCCGCCCCGCCGAUUGCACCGCGGCAGGAGACGCUCGCCGCUUCUCCGCCGCCCCAGGCGAGGCUGGCCCAACGGGCAACCAAGCGGCCGGCCGCCGCGCCGGCUCUGAGGCCCGUCGAGAGGGGAAUAGCGCCUCCUGUUGCGCGGAAGGCGGCUGCGCCGGCCGCAAGGAAGGCGGUGCUGGACAAGGGCGGAGUCAAGCCGGGCCGCAGUCCGGGCGGGUC